AAAGCGGAUGCUAUGUCGUUAAGCCCGCGCUAAAGUUAGUUUGCAACUGUAAAAUCGAUCCUCGGAUCCCUCAACUCGCCUUUUUCGGGUUCUCUUGACCCGCCAUCUGCUCUCACUAUACGGAUUCUAUGCAAAAAUACGUAUAUAACGCACGAAUGUACGUACACCGCUGAGAAUUGAGAUGAAAUGGCGAUCGUAGCUCCGUCGGUAGAGUUGUUCCAGAGCUUGAAGCCGACGACCACGGCUUGCUUGGCCGCGCCUCGGCGGUUUCCGUCAUUUCCGCCUUCUUCCGAGCUCGCCGUGAAGUCCUCCUACUGCUCGCGGAGAUGGAGGGGCGUUUUCGUGGAUUCGAGUGCCGGAACUUGGGCUCGGACUGGGAGUUGGCCUGCAGCUGUGGUCAGGGAUAGAGGAGAGAGAAUUGAGGUCCAUUCUUUCUGGGGUGGUGGGGGUGGUAAUAAUUCGGUUGGCGAGGAGGGUGCUAAUGCUUCACCAAAGGUGCAGGAGCGAGACUUUACUGGCACCCCCUAUGUUCCUGUGUAUGUCAUGCUACCUUUGGGUGUCAUUGACAUGCAAUGCAGGCUUGUGGACCCUGACACUCUGAUGGAGCACCUGCGGAUAUUGAAAUCAAUAAACAUUGACGGUGUUAUGGUGGACUGCUGGUGGGGUAUAGUAGAGGCACAUGCUCCACAACAAUAUAAUUGGAGUGGUUAUAGGAGACUUUUUCAAAUUGUCCGUGAUCUGAAGCUUAAACUACAGGUGGUCAUGUCAUUUCAUGAAUGCGGUGGGAAUGUAGGUGAUGACGUCCACAUUCCCCUUCCAGAGUGGGUCAUAGAGAUUGGCCAUAGAAAUCCUGACAUAUAUUUCACAGAUAGAGAGGGAAGAAGAAAUCAUGAAUGCCUCACUUGGGGAAUUGACAAGGAGCGAGUUCUAAGAGGCCGAACUGCUGUUGAGGUUUAUUUUGACUUCAUGAGAAGCUUCCGUGUAGAGUUUGAUGAGUUCUUUGUGGAUCGAGUCAUCUCUGAAAUUGAAGUUGGACUGGGGCCAUGUGGGGAGUUGAGAUAUCCUUCUUACCCAGUCAAACACGGUUGGAGAUAUCCUGGCAUUGGUGAAUUUCAGUGCUAUGAUAAGUACUUGAUGAAGAAUAUGAGAAGAGCUGCAGAGGUAAGGGGUCACUCAUUUUGGGGUAGGGGUCCUGAUAAUGCAGGUUCCUAUAACUCCUGCCCCCACGAAACUGGGUUCUUUCGUGAUGGAGGUGACUAUGAUAGCUACUAUGGCAGAUUUUUUCUAAAAUGGUAUAGUCAAGUUUUGGUUGAUCAUGGGGAUCGAAUACUUUCCCUGGCAAAUUUUGCCUUCGAAGGCACUUCAAUUGCUGCAAAGCUAUCAGGUAUUCAUUGGUGGUACAAGACAGCUAGCCAUGCAGCUGAGUUGACUGCUGGGUUUUACAACCCAUGCAAUUGUGAUGGGUAUGCUCCAAUUGUAUCAAUGUUAAAGAAGCAUGAAACUGCUCUGAACUUCACAUGUGCUGAGUUGCGCACAGUUCACCAGAAUGAGGGCUUUCCAGAAGCAAUGGCUGAUCCUGAGGGGUUAGUUUGGCAGGUGUUAAACGCUGCAUGGGAUGUAAACAUACCAGUUGCCAGUGAGAACGCACUUCCUUCAUAUGAUAAAGCAGGUUAUAAAAAGAUUCUGGAAAAUGCCAAGCCCUGGAAUGAUCCAGAUGGAAGACAUUUGUCCGCUUUUACGUACCUCAGGCUAAACCCAAUUCUCAUAGAGUAUCAUAACUUCCUCGAGUUUGAGCGAUUUUUAAAGAGAAUGCAUGGGGAACCCUUUUCCAAUUAGAAAUUGUAUCUGAAAUUUAAGAGAGGCUAUGAAAACUGAACUAUUCGUAUCAGAAGAUUAAUAAAACAAGAAUGAGAUCGUGCCAGGUUAGCUCCAGUCCCUAGUGACAGAUGAGUAGGUGUUUGGAAGAACUUUAACCUGAAGUGAAAGAUGUGCACAAGCCGAGAAUUCAGCUAAAAAGGAAGUGAAGCAUCCAUUACCCUUUUGCUUGGUUAUAUAUCCUAACUUUCAAGAGUACAGAAACUAUUAAAACAAAUACAUGAUUCUUUUGUUGUUGUGUUUGGCUAUGGCUCAGACACUCUGCAAUUGAAAGGUACACUUUGUAUGAUAAUAUAUCUACAACUUUGUACUUGUGCAGCAAAAGCUGCAUUCUAAAUGCCAUUUUCAUUCUGUUAUAUUUUA